GUUAUCUAUUGCAAAACUUUUCUCUCACCAUUGACCGUAAAAAACGUCCCAGUGGGAUUCCCUCCCGACCCCUACCAGACUCGCAACACAACAAAAUGGGAAGCCCUGAUGAAGGCAGCAGCUUCCGAGACCAGAUCUACAGCGUGGGAGAGGAGGUUGAAGUGAGCAGCGACGAGCCAGGGUUCAAGGGCUCGUGGUACGUGGCCACCGUCAUCCAGCCGCCCAUACCCAAGAAGUACACGAGGGCUAGGGUCGAGUACCGGACCUUGCUCACUGAAGAUGGGUCCGAGCCGCUGAAGGAGUACGUCGACGAGGGCUACAUAAGGCCCAAGCCUCCCCAAGAAGAGUUUACAGCCCAGGAUUUGGAGCUCGGCGGGGUUGUUGGUGCGUAUUGCAGGGACGGGUGGUGGACUGGUGUGGUUGUGAAGGUUCUGGGAGACUCGAGGUACAGGGUUUACUUCAAGAACCCACCGGAUGUGAUUGAGUUUGACCGAAAGGAAUUGAGGGUGCACAAAGAGUGGCUCAAUGGGAUUUGGGUUCGGCCUGACAAGCGGCAAAAGACAGGGUCAAGUUUUAGCACAGGAAUGGAUGUAGAAGUGAAUGUAGAAGAAGAAAAUUUAAGUGAUGCUUGGUUCCCUGCAAUUGUCAUUAAAGAAAACAAGGAUGAUACUUUUUUUGUGAAGUACCAGAGCUCAAGAAAUGGUGAUGAGGCUGAGCUUGGAAAGGUUACUGUAGAUUUGCUCCAUAUUCGGCCUUCUCCUCCACCUCCUCACACAGACAUAAAAUAUAAUGUGUUGGAAAAAGUGGAUGCAUUUUGUGAAUUUGCUUGGCGGGCAGGCGUGAUUGCCAAAUGUGUUACUGAUACAAAGUAUCUUGUCUAUUUCAAGCAAACAAAUGAGGAUAGGAUAUUCAAUCAGUCAACAUUAAGGCCUCGUAUGCAAAGGAAAGGAGAGGAAUGGGUUAGCGGAUCUCAGGUAUUGUCUCCUUUUCCUCUCUAUCUCUCUCCUCGAAUGCAAUGGAUAGAUGAGGAAUGGGUUAGUGGAUCUCAGGAAUUAAUUGUCUCUUCAGAUUUUCAAGAACAGACGAGAGACACAUGUAACAAUGCCAGUAACCCUGAGGUAACUGUUCAAGUUGAAAGUUCUGUUGUUGCAAAAGAUAACAUGGACGAGAGUAUACCUCCUACAAAUUCUGUGAAGAAUUUGAUGGAGCAGUCAAGUCCUGAUGAUGAAAAAGUAGUUACUCGUGCCUUGACACCAGGCACGAGGAAGAUAAAACUGCUCAACCCUAAGGGUAAUCCUACAGAGUUACAUCCUCCAAAAAAGUUGAAAACAACGAUGACCUCAGAGGCCCUAUUAUCUGCUACUGCAUGUCAGUUAAGGAAGAAGCGAAGCAAAAUAUCAAGAAAAGUACUGUCUAGAUCAGCUCCGCCAAAAAGUGGAGGUAAACAACAGAGACACUCGGGGGUCCUUGGCAAUCAACCUUUCACAAAAAAUGAGAGCCUUGCUAGAAAAGUGAAAGUUAAGUAUGGUGAAUUGGACAGUCAAAAAUCAAGUCGUGUAAAUAAGAGGGGAAGACGUCCAAAGUCACUGGUUAAAAGCCCACCGUCUUCAGCAGCAGUUAAGGAGGGCAAUGCAGGUGGUGGCACUGCAAAAGAAAUUGUUCCGGAGACUAUUAGGAAAGAAGCUGAAAUGCCUGUCAUCUUGGGGUUGGAAGCUAAGGUAAUAGGGGUUUCACGCUCUGGAAAUUUUUGUCAGCUUUCAGAUCUGAAGGAUACAAAUCAUCGAGCAGAAGAUAGGUCCUUAGUUGUGACAUCUCAACUUGCUAGUGUUGCAAGUUUGGCUAAUCUGCUACAUAGCUUGGGUCUGUGUUUAGACACGGAAAUAGAUCAGCAGAAAUCUGAGGGAAACAGUAUUAAAAGAAAGAGAGGAAGGCCCCGAAAAUUUGUUGACACAAGCUCAAAAGCUUCAGAUGGAGGUGAGGAGCAGAAUGGAGUUGAAGGCACUGAAAUUGUUGUAGAAGAUCAUUCAACUCAAGCAGUUGCUUCAGAUAUGCUUGCUGGGGUGAAAUCUGCAGACUCUCAUGACUUCUCAAGAAUACAAUUAGCUGAAGUUUCUGCGACAGAUUCCUCAACAGAUGAUGUUGGUAUGAGUAGCAUUGCAGCACCCGGCAAUAUGGACGUUGAUGAUCAACCUCUAGCUACAUGGAUUGGUGAAAGGUUGCAGUGCCCACCAAAUGCCAAAGAGUCAAAACUAUCACCUGGUCUGACCGUUGAUGAAUGCAAUGAAGCAAGAAAACAACAACAUGAUAUUGUGCAAGUUCCUGCAACUGUUGCCACAGGUGACUUUGCGUUGGAUGAGAAUAGAAGCUUUCCAUUUGAGAAGACCUCGCUACUCUGGAAGACAAUUGAAUCUAUGGAAAUAUUCAGAAUGCUGCCACAAUAUCCACACUUUCGUCCUUUGAGUAAAUGUAGCGAGGUGUAUCGUGAGGGAUUGGCUAUUGGUAAUAUGGUAGCCUUUUCCAGUUUGGUUGAGAAAAUAUCCAAGUUGCAACUUGAUGAUCCUAGAAGAAUUUUUGAUAGCUAUUUGGAGAGUCUUCUUGACUUGGAAAAGCUUGGAUUUGAUGUCACAGUUUUACGGGGUCGUAUUAAUGAAAUGCUAUCAAUUAAAGAUAAGCAAGGGCUGAUUCUGAAUGAGUCAAAAGAUGCCGAGUGCAAGAUAUUGCGUUAUAGUCGUGAGAAAACAGAAAUGGCUGAAGAGAUGGCAAAUAUUGAGAAGCAGAUAGCUGAGUUACAGGAAAAGCAUGCAUUAAUGAAGUCAGAAAAGGAGAGUAAAGAACAUGAAAUGUCCGUCUUGCAGGUGCGUGUGAUUGCAAUCAAUGAAGAACUUCAGAGCACCCGGCUUGGUUUUGAGAAGAUUGCAGACGCACCUUGGAAAUUGGGAUGAUGUCGGCUCUCUUAAUGGUUUCCUCUGGUAAUUCCCUCAAUGUUCAUGGCCGCAGGAGGUGCUGUGCAGCUGAUCAUAGGAGUUGUUAACUUAAAACGUUAGGGUAGUAGUGUUCAUAGAAUUAGGUAUUUCUGACAUCUUACGUGGGCUUUCUAUGAGUCCUUUCAGUUUUUAUAUAUAGUCUUAAGAUGCCACCUCUCAGUGAUUGAUGGCUGGUGAUUGACUGUAUUUUGGCUCAUGGCUGUAGUUAUCUAAUCUUUUGAAUGUUUUCAUUGUUAGUGAUUGAUGUUAUAGUGGCUCUUCGAUGCCAGUCUUGGUGGUGGUGUUAACUGUUGGUAUUUGGCAAUAGAAGCAGGGUGGCCCAGGUUGCCUACAGGGGAUGAACAGAAGAUUGAAAAUCCGUAAUCAUCCAAGAGAAAUGAUUUCCAUGUGUAUAUGGGGUGGAAUUCAGCCCCAGUUCCGUUUUAGUGGGCAUAGAAAAAAUGGAGAAAGAAAGAGGAAAUGGUUGAUAUAUAUUACAAUCUUUCACAUCA